UCAGCCGGUUGUUGACCGCCGCGGAGUUUGCGCUGAGUUCAGCGCUUCCACGUAGGUCAGGCUGAGCUGACUCAGUAAAUAUCGCCGAGUUAAACAUUAGUGCACUCGGAUGCUGCGAUUGCAUGCACACAAGGUUAUCCAAAGCUUACCUAGUCACAACUAGGCCAACCUAGUCAGUCGCUAGAUUCAAGUAGAUUUAACGUAACGGCUCCGUCUUGCCGUGCGUCGCUGCUUAGAGACUACCGGGUCGCUUGCCUUACACGGUACCGUGUGAGCGUCCUUUCGCUGGGAGCUGUGCCUUUGUCUUGGACCAUAGUACAACCUGAUUACAUCACUCAUCAGCGUGUUGAGCCAGCUGGUGUUAAAACAAAACGACGACAUCAUGCCCCGGCUAUCGCCCAGACGUGUGGUGACCGGCGUCACUCUCCUGAUCGUCGCGUCCCUCGGAGUGUCACUGCUGUCUGGGGACGACUCCCAGGCGGCGCAGGUGUAUGCCGCAAAACGGUCACAUCCACGGGCUAGAGCUAUGGACGUGAUGAGAGGCAGAGAACAGGGGCACGUCAUACAGAAGAGAAAAGCGCCCAAACAGCCAGAUCCCCCAGCGGUAGACAGGAAACUUAAUGCGGUCUUGCCUAAAAGAGAGGACGAAGAAAAGCAGAAGUCUCAAGACCAUAUCCCCAACACCGUUCACUUUUUCUGGUUAACGGAUCAGGAGUUCGGCUUCCACCACUUACUCAGCGUGCUGAGUGCGCACAAGCUGUUAGAAGCGGAGAAAAUCAUGUUCCAUACCGCGGCUAAACCAAAGGGGCGAUGGUGGAAGGAAGCGGAGGCUAUCUCCACGCUCAGUCUGGUUCCAUGGGGCUCCGAUGUCCCAGAGGAAGUGUCCCGGCAGAUGGAGGUUCGCGCCCGGCUAGAGGCGCUCAUGCAGCACGGCGGGAUGUACCUCGGCACGGACACCAUCGCCCUCCGCCCGUUCGGCGAGCUGCGUCGUCUCGACUGCGUCAUGGGAAGAACUGGCGACGGUCUGAGCGACCAAGUCCUACUGGCUAGCCAAGACGCCAGUUUCUUGAAGACGUGGUACAAGACGCUCCUUCAGGGAAAGUUCAAGGAGGCGAUCGAGGUAGCGGCGAAGCAGCCUGACCUCCUGCAUGUGGAAGAUACGAGGCUGACCAGACCGAGGUGGACCGAUUGGUGGGACCUCUCCAACUUGUACCGCGAGGGGGAAACCGUGGACUUCUCCGACAGCUACGCCAUCCAGCUCGCGUACGACCGCUACAACCUCGGCCACACGCCCGACAGCAUCCUGACGUUAGACUCGACGUUCGGCAGGAUAGCUCGGACAGUUUACCACGGCGCACCGGAUCUAAAAAAGAGCGAGAAGAAGGUCGCCGAGCCGAACACAAACGCCGUCGUGCCAAACAUCGUUCACUACCUGUGGUUCGGAGAGAAAGAUUUUCAGCUCCAUAACUUGAUCAGCAUGAUGAGUGUACGGCAACAACUGAAGGCCCAGAUCAUGUUCCACACAGACGGAGAGCCGGAGGGCCGCUACUGGGCCGAAGCCAAGCUGAUCGACGAGCUGACCGUCGUGGAACGCGCGGCGCCGAACGCGACUCUUGGUGAGACGGUGGAAGACGACAUUCUGCAGAUCUUACGCGAGGACGGAGGUAUCUACCUGGACGCUGACGUCGUCGUCGUCAAACCUUUUGAGACCCUGAUGAAGUAUGACGUCACGAUGGGCCGGUCCCCGCGCGGGCUCAGCUUCAGCACCAUCAUCGCUAAGAAGAAGGCCUACUUCAUCCAGAAACUACAGAAGAUGAGGAAGACUCAGUCUACGGAAAGCAGAUGGGAAGAGCUGGCAUUAGACGCAGCCGUGGACAGACCUGACCUAGUCCACCUGGAAGACAAUGCUCUGUCUAGACCAUGCCUUAGCGACUGGAAGGACCCGUCCCUUCUCUUUGUCGAGAACGACUCCGGCUGGUCCGAUAACUUCGCCAUCAAGCUGUUCUACGAUCUGUACGCUCAGGGCCACAGUCAGUACGACAUCGUCAACCUGCGCACGACGUUCGGGCAGAUCGCGCGGUCCGUGUACUACGGCUCCCCUCGCCUCAUCACGGACGGGUCGCAGCCGCACCUCUACCCCCGGGACGACUACGUGGUGCCAAACCUGGUCCACUACGUGUGGCUCACGUGUCACGACUUCCGCUUCCACCACCUACUCAGCGUGCUCAGCGCGCACCGCUACAUCAAGCCUGACCACAUCUACAUCCACUCCGACUGCGCGCCCAGCGGACACAACUGGGAUGUGGCAAAGGAGAAAAUCGGGGCGACCCUGGAGGUGGUUCCUGCCGUACAACCGGAAGAAAUCUUCGGCAACCCCAUCCACAACAUCCCGCACAGGUCGGACAUCACGCGCAUGGAGGUCCUCAUGAAGCAGGGCGGCAUCUACCUGGACUGGGACGUCUUCGCCUUCAAGUCGUUUGACCCACUGCGAAGGUACGACUACGUCAUGGGGAACGAGAUUGCCGGACUGAACAACGGUGUCAUCCUGUCCAAACCAAACGCAGAGUUCCUUAGAAUUUGGUACGACAACUACAGACACUUUGAUGAUGGCAAGUGGAACUUCCACUCAGUGAUGGAGCCGUGGCGGCUGGCCUACGAGCACCCCAACCUGAUCCACAUGGAGCUGACGAGCCUGUCCCGCCCUGACUGGACAGACUGGUGGGACAUGAAGCGCAUCUGGAACGAAGACGUGCUGGAGGACUGGUCCGAGGCGUACGCCAUCCACUUCAUCUACUCAUACCACAACGAGGAACACAACCCUGAGGAUAUCAAGAGGAUGAGAGGAACCUUUGGAGAGAUGGCCAGAUGGGUUUACUACGGGCAGAAAGAGUUUAUACAGGAUUAAUGACAGUCUAAUUUAAAGAAAAAAUUAUGUUGUUUUCUUAUGUGCCAUAUCGUAAAAAAAUAUUGAGAAAAUGACAUUUAAACAGCCUAUAGAAUAAGGAUUUUGUCAAUCUUUAUUUAAGUUUGUGUUCAACAAAUUUCUAUGUGCAAAACAAAAAAGUAUUACUGAAAAUGACUAUUAUUUACCUGCCUGUCUCAAUAUGUAAUUUGUUUCAGUUCAUAUCAAUAAGAUUCUUAUUUGUUGCAUUAACUAUUAUGGUUGUAACUUGUAAAAUGUUGAGGACUACCGAUACAUUUAUAGUUUAUGGAAUGUGGAAAUGAAUUUCUAUGAACUCUAUACCAUAUCUGAGAAUUAUUGAAAAAUCAGAUGAUGUGGGGAAAAAUCUGGUCAAAAUGUUGCUGGUUUAUUUACAAGUUUCUCAAAUUAACAAAACAUCACAGAAGAGAUGACAAAUGCAGUUAAGUAGUUCCUUGAGGUUAACUGAGGUCAUUCCCCAUCUAUCAAAACNCCAUACCUAUCAUAUGGCUCACUGUAUGUUACAUAUAUACAUUUU